UCCGCGGCCGCUCACAUCUGGCCCGGGUUUGCUCUUUACGCGUCUGUCCCGCUUGCUUCGGUCCUUCCUCUACUUUCGAGAAACCGCGUUUCCGCUUCUGGCCAAAGAGACCUUGUAGCCGAGGAGAUCCAGGUGCCGGGGAGCGGCCGGCUGUCCUGCACCCCAACAACUUUCUGAGCCCUCUUCCCGGAGGACUUUUUCCUUCCUGCCUGCUCUCUCCUUCGACAAGUCUGGUCUUCCCCCAACCUGGCUGGGAGGGGGCUCCGCCGCUGGGAGAUGCUCUAAGAGAGGCCGCGGGGAGGACGCGGGCGCCCCGCUCGCUCCCGGACGCUGGUGGCUGGAGCAGGGCUCAGCGGGAAGAUGGGCCCCCGUGGGCUGGGACUCGCGCUGGCGUGCUGCCUGCUGCUGGCCUUUGCCUGUGGCCCGGUGCUGGGCCGCGUGCCCCGUGGGCAGCUUGAACAGCAGCAGCAGCAGGGGACCAGGGAGCCACCGCUGGACCACGCUGAGAGGGAUGAAGAAAAGCAUGAAAAAUACAGCUCCAGGCAGGAAGAGGAGCCCCCCGCAUCCCGGUGCUUUCGCUGCUGUGACCCUGGUACUCCCAUGUACCAGGCCAUCCCGGUGCCACAGAUCAACAUCACCAUCCUGAAAGGUGAGAAGGGCGACCGAGGAGAUCGGGGCGUGCAAGGCAAAUAUGGCAAAACAGGCUCCGUGGGCGCCAGGGGCCACGCGGGACCCAAAGGGCAGAAAGGGUCCAUGGGGGCCCCUGGCGACCGGUGCAAGAACCACUACGCUGCCUUUUCGGUGGGCCGGAAGAAGCCCCUGCACAGCAACGACUACUACCAGACGGUGAUUUUUGACACGGAGUUCGUGAACCUCUAUGGCCACUUCAACAUGUUCACGGGAAAAUUCUACUGCUAUGUGCCCGGCAUCUACUUCUUCAGCCUCAAUGUGCACACCUGGAACCAGAAGGAGACAUACCUGCACAUCAUGAAGAACGGGGAGGAGGUGGUGAUCCUGUACGCCCAGGUGAGCGACCGCAGCAUCAUGCAGAGCCAGAGCCUGAUGCUGGAGCUUCAGGACCAAGACGAGGUGUGGGUGCGCCUCUUCAAGGGCGAGCGCGAGAACGCCAUCUUCAGCGAUGAGUUUGACACCUACAUCACCUUCAGUGGCUACCUGGUCAAGCCCGCCACCGAGCCCUAGCCGCCCGCUAGGGCUAACCUCCAUCGCCACAGGCUAACCUCCCGUUGUCCCCGUGCCCCGCCCUGCUCCGCCAGACCCCCACCCCACCCGGGUUUCCCCGGCCCACACGUCCCCAGCUUUGGCAUUCGACAUGACGCCCCUCGCGGGAGUGGGAAGCAACGUCGGCUGUGUGGUCCCAGGCCCUGCCGUGUCCGCACAUGAAAUCACCAGGCGGGUGCCCACGAGAGCUCCCCUCUGUGUGCACGUCCUUGAGUGACCCCUGCACGCGUGCCACGACGCGCCAGGGUGUCCCAGAGUAAGCCACCCUUGCUCCCAUUGCUGGGAAUAAUUAAGCCAAUUCUAAAGGUUGUGAAAGGAGCAAAGUAAACCAUGGAAAAGAAAGGGAGGCAUUAUUAUUUUUGCCUUUCUGCCAGCCUCGCUGGCUCCAGGCAGGAGGGCUGUCUCCCCUCGAGGCUGCCGGAGACUUCCUGUAAGAGAAGAUCUAAAGUAGAUGCCA